AUGAAGGGUCUUGACCUUCCAUCAAAAAGAUCCGAUUACCUGCCAUCUGCCCAAACUAGUGUACAAACCCUGAUAGCACCAACAGCCAAGGAUAGUCAGGCAGUCCAGAGUUCGCAGAAUCUGAUGACCACAUGUGCAUCGUUCUCGACAAUCACCACGUUUACGCACACUACCAAUCAGGCUGAACCGGGGACACCGAAAACCACACCAUCACCACCAUUUGUUCUCCCUCCACCACCCACAUGUAUAGAGUGCGCAAAACCACGAUGGCAACGGCCACUGUUCACCAACGCUGAAUUCGGACAUCACAAUCAACUGUUUGAGGAAUUCCCUCGAAAUCCCAGCACACCACCAAGACAAUCAUUUACCCUACCUCCUACUUCUAAGCUGACCACACAGUCGGGAGAACCCGAUCACCCAGUCCACUAUUCACCAAUCACAACCCGGUCAAAAAUUGCCACCCUAUCCAAUUUGCCAGGCAGAUCAUGGGCAAAAUAG